ACUGCUCCAGUUCCAUUACGCUUCUUCGGAACCAAUCAAGCGAGCUACGUAGCGUGUCUCGUCGUCACGUGAGUGCGCCUAUGGCAGUCUCGUCGUCACCGCUGCCGCGAUGGGCGCCGACGCCGAGCCCGUCGCGCCCGCUCUGGCGCUGGGGCGGCGGCACACCUGACGCCCGGACCGGCGGCUCCGGCGAAGCUGCAGGGGCGGGCAGGUCGCUGGCUAGAAUGUUCCCGUGGAAGCGUCGUCCGGCCGUGGCGGGGUUCGACGGCGUGGAGGUAACGCCGACGCAGAGCGCGGGCACGGACGUCGUCGACGAUCCCGGGGUGUUCCUGACGUGGGAGGACGUGUGCGUCACGGUGGCGGGCGGCGCGUACGGCGCCCAGCCGGUGAGCAUCCUGAGCGGGAUCAGCGGGCACGCCGGGCCGGGGGAGGUGCUCGCCAUCAUGGGGCCGUCCGGCUGCGGCAAGACCACCCUCCUCGAUACUCUCGCAGGAAGGAUAGGGCCUGGAGUCAAUGAAAAGGGGUUGAUUCUGAUCAAUGGCCGUCGAGAGAAGCUUGCCUUUGGAACCUCGGCUUAUGUGACCCAAGACAAUGUUCUGAUGUCGACGAUGUCGGUGCGCGAGGCCAUCUACUACUCGGCGCAGCUGCAGCUGCCAGGCACGAUGCCAGCGGCAGAGAAGCGCGCGCAUGCUGACGGCGUGAUCCAAGAGAUGGGCCUCGGUGACGCCAUGGACACGCGCAUCGGCGGGCGCAUGACCAAGGGCAUCAGCGGUGGGCAGCGGAAACGGCUGACAAUCUGCAUCGAGAUGCUCACGCGGCCGCGACUGCUCUUCCUGGACGAGCCCACCAGCGGGCUCGACAGCGCCGCCUCCUACCACGUCAUGAGCCACAUAGCUAGGGUCGCAGCCAGGGAGGGCAUGACCGUUGUCGCUGCGGUGCACCAGCCCAGCGAUGACGUCUUUGACCUCUUCCAUGGCCUCUGCCUGCUUGCCUCUGGCAGGACCGUCUUCUUCGGAGCUGCGUCCCAUGCCACCCAGUUCUUUACUCAAAGUGGCUUCCCAUGUCCUCAACUGAGGAACCCAUCAGACCACUUCCUGAGAACAAUCAACAAGGAUUUUGAUGAGGAACCUGUUGAAAAUUCCAAAGCUAGAGAAAAAACAGCAAUUGAAGCAAUAGACAUUCUGACAGAUGCUUACCAGUCCCCUGCUUACUCAGGAAAAACAAUGAACCGAAUAGCUGAGAUGAAAGGGAUAGGUGGAGCUCCAUUUAGGCAGAGGGAACAAGCCAGCUUCUCAACAAAGGUUUUUGUACUCACCAGAAGGUCAUUUGUAAAUAUGCACAGAGACAUAGGAUACUAUUGGAUGCGUUUGGGUAUUUUCCUAGGAAUUGGCAUUUGUCUUGGCACUAUAUUCUACCAAGUUGGCCACAGUUACAGUUCUAUCCAGUCCAGAUGUGAAGUAAUAAUGUAUACGACCGCACUUCUAACUUUCAUGGCAAUUGGAGGAUUCCCUUCUUUUGUAGAGGACGUAAAGGUAUUCAGAAGGGAGAGGCUGAGCGGCCAUUACGGUGUGGCGGAGUUUGUGAUGUCGAACACACUGUCAGCCACUCCAUACCUGGCAGUCAUAGCUGUGAUCCCCGGCGCAAUGAUGUACUACCUGACGGGGCUAACCAAAGGGGCUGAUCACUUCGCCUACUUCGUCAUCAACCUGUGCAUGUGUACAUUGCUGGUCGAGAGCAUGAUGAUGAUUAUCGCCGUCAUUGUGCCGGACUUUCUAAUGGGGAUCAUUGUCGGGGCUGGAGUGCAAGGGGUGAUGAUGCUCAACGGUGGUUUCUUCCGCCUCCCCAAGGAUCUCCCGAAGCCAGUGUGGAAGUAUCCUUGCUACUACAUCUCAUUCCACAAGUACGCGGUGCAGGGGUUCUACAAGAACGAGUUCAUCGGGCUGACGUUCCCGAGUGACCAGCUGGUUGAGAAAAAUGCCACCAUCAGUGGCCAUCAAGUGCUGCAGGAGAAGCUCCAGGUGGAGAUGGGGUACUCUAAAUGGGUCAACAUUGCCAUCCUCUGUGGGAUGAUUGUGGUGUAUAGGAUGAUGUUCUUUGGUAUUGUCAAGAUCGCGGAGGAAGUCAGGACAAAACGAAGGGGAAUGAGAUGCAGAUGGUGUAAAUAGAUGUGCCUCUCAUUUCACUUAUUUUCUUGUCAGGUACAAAACUGUCAUUGGAUAUAAUAACACAGUAUGGUAUAUGGAUUGUUUAUGUUUCUUUGGAUGGAGUUUCUGACAAAGCAGUCGUUGCUGCCUAUCUGGUAAGACCUGAGGAAGCAGCUGGAGCUGGAUAACCCGGUGGUAGAAUGUACUCUUUGGAUUUGAUCUAAAAAAAUGUACUGAUUUUGGUAUGAAGAUGCUCUGGUAUUAUUUCAUGAUGAUUAAAUGCUUC